AUGCCCGCUCCACACGGUGGUACACUACAAGACCUGGUCGCCAGAGACGCACCUAAAAAGAAUGAAUUGCUCCAGGAAGCUACAGACGGAAGCCUCGUCUCCUGGGCCCUCACUGAAAGACAGCUUUGCGAUCUAGAAUUGAUCUUGAACGGUGGGUUCUCGCCCUUGGAUGGGUUCUUGACCGAACGCGACUACAAUUCCGUCGUGGAAAAAUCCCGUCUAGCUGACUCGGGACUCGUAUGGACCAUGCCCAUCACCCUUGACGUCUCCAGCGAAUUCGCUAGCCAAUUGACCGAAGGUCAACGCAUUGUUCUUGUCCAAGACAACGAAUUCCCACUAGCGAUUCUAACUGUCGCAGACGUUUACCAGCCAAACAAGCAGGUAGAAGCCAAGAAAGUGUUCCGUGGUGACCCAGAACACCCAGCUGUCAAGUAUUUAUUCGAGCAAGCAGGCGAUUUCUACGUCGGUGGCUCGCUAGAAGCUAUCCAAUUACCAGUCCAUUACGAUUAUCCAGGCUGGAGAAAAACUCCGGCACAGCUCAGAUCAGAGUUCGAGUCCAAGCAAUGGGACCGUGUCGUCGCCUUCCAAACCAGAAACCCAAUGCACAGGGCCCACAGAGAAUUGACUGUGCGUGCUGCUCGUUCCAACAAUUGUAAAGUGCUCAUCCACCCGGUUGUCGGGCUCACAAAACCGGGCGACAUUGACCACCAUACAAGAGUUAGAGUGUACCAGGAGAUCAUCAAACGGUAUCCCAAUGGUAUGGCCCAGCUCUCGUUGCUGCCGCUCGCUAUGAGAAUGGGUGGUGACAGAGAAGCCGUCUGGCACGCAAUCAUCAGAAAGAAUUACGGUGCCUCGCACUUCAUCGUCGGCAGAGACCAUGCGGGUCCUGGUAAAAACUCAAAGGGCGUUGACUUCUACGGACCUUACGAUGCUCAAGAACUCGUCGAAAACUACAAGAACGAGCUUGAAAUCGAAGUGGUCCCAUUCAGAAUGGUUACUUACCUACCUGACGAAGACCGUUAUGCCCCAAUCGAUGAAAUUGACACCGACAAGACAAGAACUUUGAAUAUCAGUGGUACAGAGUUGCGUAAACGGUUGAGAGACGGUGGUGAAAUCCCAGCAUGGUUCUCGUACCCUGAAGUGGUUCGUAUUCUAAGAGAAUCUAACCCUCCAAGACCAAGCCAAGGUUUCGCUCUUGUUCUUUCUCCAGCCCUACCAUCCCAAUUGAAAACGGCUCUCUUGUCCACUUUCUUGCAAUACGGCGGUGGAAGACAUUACAAGGUCUUGGAACGUUCUGACGUGCCAGAAGUGCUAGAUCUCGUUCCAGAUUUCAUCAGAAGUGGUACCGGUCUCAUCUUGCAAGGUGACCUAGCUCCUGCUACUAACGUGUUCAAGGUGGGUAGCGAACAAGAUUCUGAUAUCGAGUUGGAGAGUGACGAACAAAACGUCUUGCACAUCGUACAAAAAGUCGUUCUAUUCCUCGAAGACCAAGGCUUCUUCCAAUUCUAA